GUUGGGGGGACGUUAGGUAGCUACGGCUGUCAGAUAACGUUACGGACUUUUUCAAAGUGGAGACAACUCGCUAGCCCGCUAGCUCACCUUUGGUCACCGAGAGUCUUCGAAGUUCAAAGCUACCCUUCAUUCGUGAUCUGGUCUUGGAUUUCCUGUCUGCAGCCAUGCCGUUUCCUUUCGGAAAGUCUCAGAAGAAUCCAGCUGAGAUAGUGAGGAAUCUGAAGGACCAUGUUGCAUACAUGGAAAAACUGGAUGCUGGGGACAGCAAAAAGUGUGAAAAGGUUUCAGAGGAGGUUUCCAAAAAUCUUGCCUCACUCAAGGAAGUACUUUCUGGAACAGGUGACAAGGAACCCCAAACCGAAGCAGUGGCUCAACUUGCACAAGAGCUAUACAACACCAACCUUCUCAUUGCUCUCAUUGCAAACCUACAGAAGAUUGAUUUUGAGGGGAAGAAGGAUGUGGUCCAUUUGUUCAGCAAUAUUGUGAGACGUCAGAUUGGCACCCGCACACCCACGGUAGAAUACAUCUCUACACACCCACAGAUCCUCUUCAUGCUUCUCAAAGGAUAUGAGACUCCAGAUGUGGCUCUUAACUGUGGCAUGAUGCUGAGAGAGUGCCUGCGUCACGAGCCUUUGGCGAGGAUAGUGCUCUUCUCUGAAGACUUCUUCUGCUUCUUCCGUUAUGUGGAGCUGUCAACCUUUGACAUUGCCUCAGAUGCUUUUGCCUCAUUCAAGGAUCUUCUCACAAGACACAAGAUUAUGUGUGCAGACUUCUUGGAGAAUAAUUAUGACAGGGUGUUUACAGAGUAUGAAAAACUCCUGCACUCUGAUAACUACGUCACCAAACGGCAGUCAUUGAAGCUCCUAGGUGAACUUCUCCUGGAUCGACACAACUUCACUGUCAUGACAAAGUACAUCAGUCGGGCGGAGAACUUGAAGCUGAUGAUGAACUUGCUAAGAGAUAAUAGCCGAAACAUCCAGUUUGAGGCGUUCCACGUCUUCAAGGUAUUUGUUGCGAACCCCAACAAGACUCAACCCGUGCUGGACAUCCUGCUGAAGAACCAGACCAAGCUCGUGGAAUUCCUGAGCAACUUCCAGACGGACAGAUCUGAGGACGAGCAGUUCUGCGACGAGAAAAACUAUCUGAUCAAGCAGAUCAAAGACCUGAAGAGACCCACAGCGUCCGAGGAAGCUUAACGCUGCAGGGGCGGCGACUCUGUCAGGUUGUAGAUUUUAGAGGUGGUUGUUGGAGCUGCAAGAAAAAAAAAAUGCUUCAUUAAGAUUGAAUACUAAGUACAAAAUAUAGGAAAAGUUAACAUUUACUUCCUUCACUUUCGGGCUUUGUGUGGAUGUAGAGGUCAUUUCCAUCCAUUGACCUGAGUGGGCCAAGAACUGUUAUUUAAACUGCAGUGCUUCUUAGUGAUAACCAAAUGCCUUUAGUCCUUUUUUGUAAUGUUGGACCUUAAACUGUUACCUUUCCACACACAUGGUCACUGGCAGAGACCUUAGAACGACAGGAAAUUCAGAACAUUCACAACCAGCUCGAGCACUGAGCUGUUUCUGAAUAGUCAUUUUUCAGAACUUGUCUGUGUUUUAGAGACUGAAAAGCUGAGAAGUAAAUAUAUUAUUUUUCUAAUGUAUCUAAUGCUAAACCAUUUCAAGCCUACAGUAGCUCUUCUCUCUAAACACCGCUUAUUCUGAUUGCAUAGGUUUGGUGUAUUGCCUUUGUGUAAGCUGUUCUUUGUACAGGGACUUUAUUAAUACAGUUUUGGCAGAGUGGCACGUGGUUCAUAUUGGGCAGGUCAGCUCACAGCAGUAACGUUUGGUGAUUACCGUUCAGUUUUCAGGUGUGUGUGUGUGUGUGUGUGUGUGUGUGUGUGUGUGUGUGUGUGUGUGUGUGUGUGUGUGUGUGUGUGUGUGUGUGUGUGUGUGGUUGCAAAGGUCAGAAACGACCCCAUAGUGCAUUAGCUGUCACAGGAAGAGAACAUCAAAACCAUAGAAGAAUCAAUUAAUUGUGCUGUGAUUUUUCAGGCUGUGCUCAGUGAUGCUUACAUGACUGAAAUAGAAACAAGGCAUCAGAUAACGCUGCAGGCUACCAGCCACCCAUUCACAGCUAACGUGGACAGCCAGGAUACACCGACCGAUCUCACUGGGAGUGCUACAUUUCUUCUUCACAUUCUUACAGCUAAUGGCAACAAAUGAAUGAAGCAUCAUAAAAAUGUUACACUGUACACCUGUUGUUAUCAUACCGGAGCAUGGUGUGUCAUUGAAACACGGACCUUCUAAUAAUGUUAAUCAGGGGUCUGUUUUCCUUGAAUAAUUUCACUGCUACACUGGACUUGAUUAGGCUCAAAUAUGAUCUAAAACUAAAUCAAGUAUUACCUUAAAAAUCACACAUAGUAACUCCUAACCAUACAGUCCAUCCAUCUAUUUUCUUCCGCUUAUCAUUCGCUUUAAUACAAGAGAGACAAAUGACUGAAGCAGCCUGUAAAAGGGUGGGUUUGCUCUCUUUUCUGAUAGGACUGUAACAAUGAUACACGGUGUAACAAGCCUGCAAAGCAUCAGAAAGUAGGUCCCCAUCAGAUGCCACCACAUUGUCAGGGUAACCACAUGAAAGAGUUUGUUUUGGAUGAUAACUGACUUUAUUCCUCGUGCAUCACCAGAACUCAACUGAAAUAAUUGCCUUACUUGUGCUGUUGUCAGUAUAGUUGCUGAGGUUAUGGCAUUUCAGAAUGUGUUGUCUAUACAGUCUGUUAGUAUAUACCUCAUGGGAUUUGAGUUUGCAGAUGCUGUGUUCUUUAUUUUCUUUCUUUCCUUGACCAGAUAUUUAAUUUGAUAUUUAAAAAAAAAAAAAAAA